AUGUAUUAUCAAGUGAUGAUCUCGAGACAAGCUGCAUCCAAGUGGAAAGUUACGGUGAAUAAGAAGGUCGUCUCACGAGACACAGAAGAGGAUGUAGCCCUGACUCCGAGCGCUUACCGGCCGAUACCCCUGAAGGGUAAGUUGGAGAAAUUAUUGGAAGGGCAGAUCUCUCGUAAAGCAGGUAUAAGGUCGGACGAUACCUCAAUCGUUGUGCUGGUGAUCGAUCGCUCCCAACGCAACCUAAUAAAGCGAUUUGAUAAUCUCGGCAUCGCUUAG